ACACGGACUACGCGCUGAUGGCGCUGCGGCGUACUCCGCUCUUCGGCCGGCGUGCGUGCCUCCUUUGGCGCCUCAUUUUUUUUUCUCUCUCUCUCUUUCUCUCUGUCGGCUCGUUGCGUCCUGCUGCAGUCGCGCUCUGAGGCCUCUUCAGUUGGGCGUUGUGCGGGUUGGUGUGCGGGACGCAGGCUGGAAGGGUGCAUCGCUAAAAGAUGCUUUAACGGUGCCGCAAACUAUAGCUGUCACGUCUGGCACUGUGGUAGCAGACGCCGCUUGUUCCAGACGAAAGUGGUAGCAGACGACGCUUGUUCCAGACGAAAGUGGUAGCAGACGAAAAGUGCACACCAGACGGAUACUAACGCUCAAGCCACUUGGAGGCGGGACUGCCGCUGAAAAACGACCACCACCCCUUGCAGUGCCACCAACGCGGACCUCCCCUCCGGAAGAAUAAGCAGCCAUGGACUCUCGCGCCAACUACACUUGCAGCGACGGGCUGCUGCUUCCAUUACUGGACGAGUCCAGCUGGUCGCGGGGCGGCCGCUCGUUCGUCUACCUGCUGGGCCUGUUGUACUGCUUUCUGGGCGUGGCCAUCAUCGCGGACGUGUUCAUGUGCGCCAUCGAGCGCAUCACGUCCAAGACGAGGCGGCUGACGCUGUCGGCCCAGGUUCCCGGCGGCCAGCCGGACAUCAUAGAGGUCAAGGUGUGGAACGAGACCGUGGCCAACCUGACGCUUAUGGCACUCGGGUCGAGCGCGCCCGAGAUACUGCUCGCCAUCAUCGAGAUCGUCGGAAGCGGGUUCGUAGCUGGCGACCUGGGUCCUGGAACAAUCGUCGGCUCGGCGGCCUUCAACCUGCUCGUUAUCACCGCUGUGUGCGUGGUAUCAAUUCCGGCCAACGAAAUCCGGACAAUACGCAUGAUCAAGGUACGAACAUAA